CCGUUUUAUCUCACAUCCAAAUUUCUCUCUCUAAAAACCAAAACACUCUUUUCGAUUCCAAUUCCUCUCUGCUCUGCUUCCGAAUCAAAUCUCCAUUGAACUCGUCCGAAUUAACUCACCAUGGCCGCUACUACUGAGUCGAGGAAAUCGUCCGGCCCUAAAAAGCCCAAAUCCGCACCCUCUCACCCUCCUUUCCUCGAUAUGAUUACGGAGGCGAUUGUGACUCUGAAGGAGAAGACAGGUUCAAGCCAGUACGCGAUCACGAAGUACUCCGAGGAGAAGCACAAGCACUUGCCGACGAGUUUCCGCAAGCUCUUGCUCUUCCAUUUGAAGAAACUCGUCGCUUCCGGAAAGCUCGUCAAGGUGAAGAACUCUUUCAAGCUCGCUCCUGCCGCUCCGGUGAAGAAGUCCUCAACCGUUUCUGCUCCGGCGAAGCCUAAGUCCGUUGCAAAGCCGAAGGCAACCAAAGUUGCUCCCAAGGCAAAGAAAGUUUCAACCAAGCCAAAGCCAAAGCCAAAGCCAAAGGCAAAAGCCGCAGCGGCUGUGAAGCCUAAGGCGAAGUCCGUUGCUGCGAAGCCAAAGCCAAAGACGAAGGUUGCAGCGAAGGCAAAACCAGUUGCGAAGCCAAAGUCGAAGGUGGCGAGGACUUCAACAAGAACAACUCCAUCGAAGAAGGCCGCGCCGGCAAAGAAAGCACCGAAGCCGAAGAGCGUGAAGUCUCCGGCGGCAAAGAAGAAAGCUCCGGCGAGGAAGGCAAAGAAGUAGAAGUUUUUUUUUUUCCCUGUUUGUGUUAGGUUGUGCUUUUCAGAGUGAUGGCAGUGAUUGUAAAUACCUUACUUUAGUAAGGGUAGUAGUUUCUGAUUUAGGCAAGAAAAGAAGAAGAUAGUUGUAUGACACAGCUAAUGUUUUUUUUUUUUU